ACUGAUUUUAUUCAGACAAUAUAGCCUACGGUACACGAUUCGAGUGUUGCAUGAGGUGGAUUUUUCGUCAACCGCUGCACCAGACGCGAUGACUCACUCCAACAAAAUGGGAAAGGUAUUGAGUGAUUCGGGGUUGCAGCUGCUGCUGGGUCGAGCACAGGCAUCAAUCAACGAAGUAAGCGAGAUGUUUAUGUCAAAAUUCGGGAGCAUCAGAAUUUCCGGAGGAGAGUCCUGGAAAGACGGAAUUUACUUCGUCACGGAAGCAGCCGAGGCCUGUGGGAGAGCGUACAUGAUUCCUGUUUCGCAAUUCCUGCAAAUGAUGCAUCAGUUGACAGACCCAAGUGAUACAGUGCUACGAGUCCAACGCUUCCAGACUGCAGUUGAAGGAGUCCCUAUUAUCCCUACGGCAAUGUUCAAUCACCAGUUUGUAGUGUUCGAAACUCAAGGCUGUUGGUGGUGGUCCAUUGAAAAAAAUGCCGAGGGACUGACUCUGCAGCGAAGUAGAGACGUCAAAGCGGUCCGUCGUAGGUAUCGGCAACAGCCUCGACCUGAAGAAGUACUAUUGGAGGAGAAAAACGGCACGUGUGAUAUUCGGGAAUUGGUAUCAUUUUUAUACUCAGAAAGAGAAUUGACUAAAAUAUACCACGCAUUCGUGAGCAACUGCCAGCAUUUUGUUGUAGAUGUCUACAAGCACUUGACCAGAUCACAGGAGGAAAAAACUCUCAUUCUGGAAUACUCAGAGAGAUAUUCUCGAAAAGUUCGUUAUUAUUUGUAGUGGUUAUAUAGUAUAAUACACAAUCAGCCAUAAUUAACCACUUGUUAUCACAUAAAGUUAAGUCUGCAGUUUAAUUUACUCAGUAUUACCUUUUUUAUUUGAUGGGCAUUUAUGUAUUUGUUAGCUUAUGAACAAGACAAUAUAUAAUUAUUAAUAUCCAUUGUUUCCCUUCAUUUAGGUUUUGAUAUUCAAAUAGUACACAUAAUUUUAACCAU